AUGACUGUCACUGUGCAACUUUUUGAUGAAAGACCAAUGUCUGCAUCAGUUCCUCAAAGGGUGACUUGCACUGUUGCAGAAGCACAAGUUCCUAUGAAGGGGAUCGCAGCCACUCCUCAUUAUAAGAAGGCUUUAUUGGACAAUGGCCUCACCGUUCAAGCUGUUGACUUUGGAAUUCUUAUUGCUUGA